CAGUUCAGUUUCUCGUACGCAUGUGGAAGGUUUAGACGUUAGAAAAUAUUCAAAGUUUUCGUAUCAAUGAUAACUUGUGCUGUUUAUCUUAUCAUUUGUUUUGAGUAGCUAUGAUAUCAUAAAUUGCUCAUUUCUAAUUGAUCACUUCGAAUAUAGUAGAAAUUUAUGACUAAGUGUUACGCCUUAAUCAGAUGCACAAGCUCAAUGGACGAUCCAUAAAUAACUGAGCAAUGGAACUACAGAAUCAAAUUUACUUAUUAAUAGCCAUAUUUGGUGGCAUCUCCGCGCUACUACUAGUGCUUAUUGUGAUUUUAGCCAUUUAUGUGAUUAGUAUUAGGAAAUUGGUGACCGCCCAAGAAUCUGACAGGAAGAAGUACGAAAACUAUGGAUUUGAGCACGAAGCAGUGGCACGCAAUAUUACCGACGAUUUAAGAUCCAUGAAGUCGGAGGGCAUUCAACGACCGCCGUAUAAGAGUAAUCUCGCAAAACCUCGUAACGACAGCACAGGAAUACCGAUGAAUGAUCGACGUAAGGACAAGAAGCAAUCUGCUGGUAAUCGUGGAAAUAAUGAUCGUAAACGUCAACAAUCGGAGAGCGGCGAUACGUCAGGGCGGGACGUCGAUAGCGCUUUCGAUAACGAGAUAAACAAUAUGUUCGAUAUCGAUUAUUACGACGAUGAUGAUCACGAUAGUGUAGUAAGUGUUGAUAGAAAUCCUCGAUACAACCAGAAACCGCGCCAUCAAGCUCCUCCACCACCAAUGUCGACGGCAGGGUUGGCAAAUGGUGGAAAUCGCAGCAGGAAUCUGAAUCAGAAUCAUAGCGGUAAUAAUACCAGCAGACAUCAUUCUGGCAACCGGCAGCAGCAUGGGAAUAGACCAGCCGGUAGAAACGAACAUCUAGGCUCUGCGUAUCAUCCGGGAGACGCGCAUGAAGGAAAGACAUACUUCAAUGAAAGAGGUAUGCAUUAUUAAUGUACUUGUAAAUAUACAAACUAAAUAAAAACAUAUUACAUGUUAUAA